AUGGCAGAAAUAGCCAGUGCCUCCACCACAACCUCUCGCAAACCACGCGGCGCCAACCCAUCAACUGACUACAAAUCCCUCUUCCUCAAAUCCAAAGAUAAAUACGACCGAGUCUCUAACGACCACACCGAGCUCAAAGCCAACGUAACAAAGGCCACAGCCAAGCAACAGAAACUUCGCGAAGAGCUCGACUACCUUCUCGACGCUGUUGCAUCCAAGCGUGCCCAACGUACACGGAUCGAACAAUCACACCGCGACCACGCGCUGGAGUUGGAACGAGAAGCUGCAGCUGCCAGACAUCAUGCUAGCUCGCUUAGCUCAAGAGAUAGGGACGAUUACGAAAGAUACGAGCCAAGGGCUAGUGCGUAUGCAGGGGAGGAGUACAGCUCUUACUCAGCGAGGUACGGAGCGGGGGAAAGGGAAAGAGAAAGGGAUGCGGAUCCGAGCUAUCCAGCAUUUGCGAGCGGGUUGGGCGGGAGAUAUGUUUCUCCGCCUCCUCCAGCAGCGGUGGUGGGCGGGAGUGGGUCGAGUCAGAGGUAUGCGCCAUCGGAAGGCUCGACGCAGGGAGCAGCGUCAAGGAGUCCUUACGCCGGAGAAGCAUACCGUGGUGUAGCGUCACGGUCUCCACCUUCGAUGCGUAGAGCACACCCACACGAUCAGCACUCUUCACCUUUGAGGUACGAUGCCCAUCAGAGGCAUAGGGAGUCUACGCCACCUUUGGUACCUUCAGCGGUAAAGAGACCAAGACCGCCCAGCGUCGAACGAGAGCUGCUCGAGAGGGAUAGUGCGUACGAUGUUGAUCCUCGCGAUCGGGAGGGUGGUCAUUACGUCAAGCGGCCGAGGAACGAUUGA